AUGGAGGCUGCUUCUGCCCGCUGCCCAGAGGAGUUUCAGUUCAAUGUCUUUCCGAAUCUCACAUCGUGCUGGCCCACGACAGCGGGUGCUGAAGGCCACAGGGGGCCCGCAGCUCUAGCCGAGGUGCCAUCACCAUCGUCGCAGACGCGCUGCAACCUGCCUAAUGGUUGGGCUCCCGCGUCCACACGGCUGGCUCCCUACGGGGACACUGGGAGUUGGAGGGGACCCCCUGGGAUCGGCGCUGGGCUGCAGAACGUGGGAAACACGUGCUACGUGAACGCAGCCCUGCAGUGUCUGACCUACACACCACCCCUCGCCAGCUCGAUGCUGUCCCAGGAGCACUCCCGAAGCUGUGGGAAGCACACCUUCUGUGUGCACUGUGCUCUGCAGGCUCACGUGACCUGGGCCCUCGGCCGUCCCGCAGAUGUGAUCCGGCCUCCUCCCACACUGCUCACCGCCUUCCACACCCACAGGCAGGAAGAUGCCCAUGAGUUUCUCAUGUUCACGCUGGAUGCCAUGCAGCAAGCGUGGACGCAGGAGGACAAGCCUUCAGGGCCUCAGGCUGACGACAGCAGCCUCAUCCGGCAAAUCUUCGGAGGGUACUGGAGGUCGCAAAUCCAGUGUCUCCGCUGCCAGGGAGUUUCCAGCACUUUGGACCCUUACCUGGACAUUAGCCUGGAUAUCAGGGCAGCUGAGAGUGUGAGCCAAGCUUUGCAGCAGUUGGUGCAGCCCGAACGGCUCGACGGGGAAAAUGCCUAUCAUUGUAGGACUUGUCUCGACAAGGUACCUGCGUCCAAGACGUUGACUCUGCACACAUGCUCCAAGGUCCUGAUGCUCGUAUUGAUAUGAUUCUCCCAUUUCAUGGGCAACAAACUGGCUCAGGAAGUCCAAUAUCCUGAGUGCCUGGACAUGCAGCAGUACAUGUCUGAGCCGAAGGCGGGAUCCAGGAUUUACGUGCUCUACGCUGUCCUGGAGCACUCGGGGUGGAAUUGUCAGCACGGACAUUACUUCUGUUACAUCAAAGGUGGGAAUGGCCAGUGGUACAAAAUGGAUGAUGCGAAUGUCACCGCCAGUGAUGUGACUUCUUCCCUGAGCCAACAUGCCUAUAUCCUCUUUAAAUAGAUAUGUGAGUUGGAAAGAAACUGUUAGAGUGCCUACCAUGCAGAAUUGGUUAUGGCUCAAGGGGGGCCUGAGACAGACCCCAACAUCAAGGAUCCUGAGUUGGAGGAUCGUGGGGAAGACACACCAGGGCAACCGAUCACGUUAGAAGAGUGGAGACUCCUCCAGGAAAGCCGCCGUCCCAGGUCUGAAUUCAACCUCAGGAAUAUAGAAUCGGCUCUUCCCGCCCAUGCAAUCUUAAUUUACUCCUCCAUUUACAGGGAGGAGUCUCUGGGCAUCGGCAGCAGCACGGUCCCCAGGACGUUCCUGGGUGCGGCCAGCACCCGACCUCUGCUCAGUGACACCCUGCCGCAGAGGGUCACAACGGUCAAAGCCAGAGUCCGUCAGGAGUGA